AGAGAUAAACAUACCAUCAUCGUCUUCUUCCUCGCUCCUCUCUCUAAUCGGAUUUAAGUUUUGCGCCAAAGUGCUUGAUCGAUUUCAGGUUCCGAUUCGUCUACUUCUUUAGGGGAUAAAUGGUUUCUGGGUUAAUUAACGAGAACCCAACUGUUUACGAGAAAAAAGAGCGUCGUGUUCGAACUGAUUCGAGCAAUACCGAUGAGCACUCUGCAGAACCAAUAGAUCAGCUUGAGAUUUUUGAUCAUAUAAGAGAUAUCAAAGAUCCAGAGCAUCCUUAUUCUCUGGAAGAGCUCAAAGUACUUACAGAAGACUCAGUUGAAUUGGAUGAUGAGAAUAGUUAUGUCAGGGUUACAUUCACUCCAACUGUUGAACAUUGUAGCAUGGCAACCAUUAUUGGUCUUUGUGUCCGUGUGAAGCUUCUGCGUAGCCUUCCCGCUCGAUACAAGAUUGACAUAAGGGUGGCACCUGGUACUCAUGCAACAGAGGCUGCACUCAACAAACAACUAAACGACAAAGAACGUGUGGCGGCUGCACUAGAGAAUCCAAACCUCGUGGAGAUGGUUGAUGAGUGUCUGCUUCCAUCAUUUGAGUGAUACUUGAUGCUCUCAGGGUACACUGUUAUCUAUGUGUCUGCUUUGUCUGCAAAGGUUUUGAUCGACUAGGAUUUAAUUUGUGUUCAGUUUCUUGGUUCAAUGAGUGAGAAUUUAUUUUAUGGAAUACGAUAUUGAUUUGAUCCUCUUCUUAGGGCCUAUGCUGUCUCAGAAAGGAAACUACGAGAACGAGAGGGAUAUUUUCUUGAUUCGCAUUCCUUUUCACUACUGAACUUGUUACACAUUUGUUUCAUUUCUUUUUAUGUUGAAUCGCAUUCUUUUUCACCAAUGAACUUUGUUACACACUUAA